CCUCCCUCCUCCCCACCACCCCUCCUCUCUGCGUGAACGGGCUCAGUGCAGCUGGAAGAGCCGCUGAGAAAACAAUUGCUUGAAGAGCUGGUGAUGCUGGGACGGAGCUGCAGGGACCCCCAGAAAAAGCCACAGGGGACCCCAGACUCAGGCCCCAGGAGCAUGAGGUUCGAGGGACAAGAGACAGCUGGCCAGCCGCGAGUGACCCUGCUGCCCACACCCAAUGGCAGUGGGCCGAGCCAGCAGUUUGAAGGCCAUUGGCGAGAGAUCUCAGAGAGGUCCCCGUGUGUGGCUGGUGUCAUCCCUGUCAUCUACUACAGCAUCCUGCUGGGCCUAGGGCUGCCUGUCAACCUCCUGACCACAGUGGCCCUGGCCCGCCUCGCCGCCAGGACCAGGAAGCCCUCCUACUACUACCUUCUGGCGCUCACAGCCUCGGAUAUUGUCACCCAGGUGGUCAUCGUGUUCGUGGGCUUCCUCCUACAGGGAGCUGUGCUGGCCCGACAGGUGCCCCAGGCUGUAGUUCGCACAGCUAACAUCCUGGAGUUUGCUGCCAACCACGCCUCCGUCUGGCUCGCGGUCCUACUCACAGUUGACCGGUACAGUGCCCUGUGCCACCCCCUGCGCCAUCGUGCUGUCUCGUCCCCAGGCCGGACCCGCCGGGCCAUCGCCAUCGUCCUUGGUGCUGCCCUGCUGACUGGUAUCCCCUUCUACUGGUGGCUGGAUGUGUGGAGGGACGCAGACCCCCCCAGCACACUGGACAAGGUCCUUAAGUGGGCUCAUUGCCUCAUUGUCUAUUUCAUCCCUUGUGGGAUUUUCCUGGUCACCAAUUCAGCCAUCGUCUGUAGGCUACGGAGGAGGGGCCAGAGUGGGCUGAGGCCCCGGGUGGGCAAGAGCACAGCCAUCCUCCUGGGCGUCACCACGCUCUUCACCUUCCUGUGGGCACCCCGGAUCUUUGUCAUGCUCUUCCACCUGUACGUGGCCCCCGUCCACCGGGACUGGAGGGUCCACCUGGCCUUGGACGUGGCCAACAUGGCAGCCAUGCUUAGCACAGCGGUCAACUUUGGCCUCUACUGCUUUGUCAGCAAGACUUUCCGGGUCAUUGUCCAAGAGGUCAUCCACGGUGCCCACCUGCCCUGCAUCCUGGGGUCACGGCCAGAAGGCAUGGGGGUGGAGCCUAUGCUGAAGCCUCCAGGACACCCCAAAGGGGCAGAAUUGUAGAGAAGGGGUCCAGCCAGGGAUCUUGGGUGGCUCAGAGCCAGAUGUACUGGGCCUUUGUGGUUGUGCCCACAAACUGUAUCAACACCCAACUUUGCAAUCUGGGGGUAAAGGAAGAGGCUCCUUCAGGGGUGCCCCCCCAGGUAAAGGGGGGACAAUUUAUCCAACUUGUACAUUAAAUUCACCAGCAAUUCCCAUUUCCUGGGACAAGGAAGGGGCUUGGCCAGGCACAGCCUAAUAAUGUCAACUGCUAUGGGCAUUCCUUUGUGAGGGACAUCUCACCUGCCCCAUUAUGAAGGCUAAAUUAAGGUUGGUUGAAUGCAUGAAUGAAUGAAUGAAUGAAUGAAUGAAAAGAUGGAUGGAUAUGAAUUGUUUCCAGUCCACCCCCUUUUCCUGGAGCCCACCUCUCAUUCCCUGAGUUGGUCUCUUCUCUGGCUCCCAGUGGCAAUGCCAGGGUGAAAAGGAAGGUAUCUCCCGGGUUCCUGGGCCGGGGGAGCCAAAUGUGCUCGUCCGAGCACUUCCGAAAGGCAGUGGCCUUUUGAUUUGAUGCCCCAGUCCUGGGGAGACGCAGUCCCUUGGGUCUCAGGCAUGCUGGUUUGAUUCCGCUUCACUCCCUGCCCUGGAGCCAGAGUUAGGCUCAAGGGCCUGCAGGUUUCCUGGGGCUGCACUUUUCAUCGUUGCCAUGACUGUGUGGAGAAGGAAAUGCCCUCUCAGCCUAGGGGCCAGGGAAGGAAGAUCAGGAAGGGAGGGCUUAGCCCAGCCCUCCGAGCCCACUCCACUUGGGGAAAGGCCUCCGUCUCCACUGCAGGAGGAAAUAGAUGGCUCCCCUCGUCUGAGACCGACGCUGAGGGGCUCUGCUAAUCCCCGCCCGGCUUCUCCAGGGCCCCCCUCUCUCCUUUCAGCAACGUCAGCCUGGAGCGGCAGCUGGGAGAGAUUAGCAGAUGGACCUCCACCUGCUCCAGGCCUUGGGUAAACACAUUAGCAGUCCUGCUUUCAGCUUCCUGGUCGGACUGAGCCCAGGCCAGGCCCUCACCAGCACCCAGCCCCUUAAUGGGGUUACAUGGACAAAGGAGCCUGAUGUGUGCGGGGGCACACAGUCAGUGCACAAUAAACGCUCAGCUUUGCCCCUUUCCUUUCUCCUCCCCAGAGCAGGGCCAUCUGAGAAGGGACUUUCAGCCACGCCCCAAAAGAAGAGAAGCCAGGUCUCCAUUUCUUUAUCCGCAAUUGGAAACUCCAAAAAGCUCUGAAAGCCAAAACACUUUUCCUGAGUUUGCCACUACCACAUUUAGUAACAAAACCUGAUCUGAACGAAUGGGAGACGAUGUAGGUCUCGGUGCAAACCGGCUGCCUAGGUUCCGCUGGGUGUGGUUACGCCUGCAGCCCCUCCCGCUGCUAGAAUCAAUAUCUACUACUUCAACUAGGCCACACGUAACCUUUCUGUAUUCUGAAAAACUCUGAAUCCUGAGACACAUCUGGUCCCAGGAGUUCAGAGAAAGGAACGAGGGCCUGUGAGUCCCGCCAUUUUGGCCACCGCAUGGACGCGGCUGACCCUGAGUGAAUUGGGGGCAUGGGGUUCCCCAAGGAGCACACAGUGUGGGUCAGAGUUCAUGCCCCAGGCCUUCAUUCUUUGCUUAAGGAGGAAGGGAUGGACGUGCAGGCACCCCAGGGGAAGAGGGGGGCCCUGGAGGGUGAGACAGACUAUUGUCCCCCCCAGCCCAGCCCCCCGGCCUAAGUCUGUCCUACAGAAGGAGGCUCUGGGAGGAAAGAUGCCUUUCUGAUGCAGAACCAAAUGGAACACGGUCGGGGAGGGAUCUGCUAUCCACUCUGUACGAAACCUGCAGGACCCUGCAGCAGAGCUGCCCGAAUCAGGAAACGCCCUUGUCAUGGAAGGCUUCUGCAGAUGGGGCAAGACCAAUGACAGGACGCCUCUCUCAACUGGUUGGUGGACUGUCCUCAAGGAGACAGAAGGAGUCACUCACUUGUCCCUGACACUGGUGAAACCAGGAACUUCCUGAAAUAGGCGGGGAGGCUCUAUUGAGGUAGGUCAAGUUUGGCACAGGUUGGGGCUUCGAGCCACCAGAACUCGGUGUUAAUGUGACCUCACUUGUACCCACAGGCUGGGGCGCCAUCAGUGUUUUCAAACAAUCCCGUAUCCUGUGUAUUGUAACCAUUUUACAAACUAAGGAAAAGGAGGCACAGAAAGAUUAGAUGAUAUGCACAUGGCCCUAAGCUGGUCCAGAGCAACAGACUCAAUCAAACCCAAGUCUGCUGGUUCCUGGUCUGUUCCCCCAUCACCUGUCACCUCUCAGGAGCAGAAGGGCAGCUUCAGGGAUGCUUUGCAUCACUUAUAACUUUUUGGUCCUGGACUUAACUGGAUUUGGGAACCAAUAUCAUAUUUUCCUAAUAAGCUGCAUUAGGUAACAGUUCUUUUUUCAACAUUUUGGUAACCUUUAACGAAAUGAAGAGGUCCUCACUUUGAUAAGUCUAUCACUGACCUGUAAACGAAAAGUAAUAUUAAAACUGUU